AUGUCCGCCCCCAACAUGGAGAAUGACUUCCAGCUCUUCUCUCCGCGUAACUCCAGUGGGGAUGAGCCGCAAGGAAAUGACAACAGGCUCACGCAGUCACCUGGAGACAAUACGAGCCAGGACUGGACUCAAUGGAUGCGAUGGGAUGAUCCAAUGUUCUUGGAAGGAGAACAGAAGCCAAUGAACUCAUCUAUCGACCUCCCAUCUAUCUCUCCUCAUACCGACAUGAGCUCCCCGACUCAUUUGAACUACACGGACUUCUCACCUAAUCUUCCACUUGGCUUGAUGGAACUUCCAUCCGACUCUAACAUCGGGAACAACCUGGGAUACCAACACAGCACGCCAGGACCGAAUUGGCGCACGACCCAGCAACAACAGAUCGGCUUAGUAUCUCCAAUUUCAAGUAUUGGGACCAGCCGGAAGCGAAAGACUGGCAGCGAUGAUGACGGCACCACAGUUACUGGACCAGUGCAGCCGGGCAAGAAGAUGCCCGCCAAAAAGCGAGCUCACAACGUCAUCGAGAAGCGAUAUCGCGCCAACCUGAACGAUAAGAUAGCAGAACUUCGUGACAGUGUCCCCAGCCUUCGACAAAUCAAGAACCGCACUGGAGGCUCACCUGACGAGGAUGAUGAAACGGAGGGAGGCAACGGUGCAAGCAAGCUUAACAAAGCAUCCAUUUUGUCGAAGGCAACGGAGUACAUCAAGCAUCUAGAGAUUCGCAACAAGCGGUUGGAAGACGAAAACACUGCUCUCAAAAACCGUCUCCGACAGGCUGAUAAGGCAGCGGACCAGGCUGUCACUUCCUCUGCUUCGGUGUCUUCGCCCAGCAACUAUGCUUCGACAGAUUCAGGCUCUGGUACAUCGCCUAGUGUCUUUUCUCAGGCGGAAGAGCCCUCCAGCGAGGGCUCGCCCACCUCUCAAAAUCCCCCAGAAGGUCUUCUGCCAGUUCCUGACGCGUGGAAACGCAUGCGAGCUGAGACUGCGCAGCAAGGGGUCUUUGCUGAGUCUUACAUUAAAUAUCCUUCGUCGUCAUCCCACCAACCGCAGUAUGCAAGAGAAGACACAUCGGGCCGGCGUUCAAGAAUGCCCAACAAAUAUAUGCUGGGGGCACUCGCGGGUCUCAUGGUCCUCGAAGGCAUGGGUUCUGGAGAUUCCGAGACCGAAUCAAAGGGCCUCUUUGCACUACCCAUGAGACUCUUCAGCCGUUUGCAGACACCUACGAUGGCACAUUGGGAAUUCUACUUCAAGCAGUCCUGGUACUCGUGGCAGGCGCGCGCAUUCUCUCAUUUCCUCAUUCUGGCAACGCUGGUCGUUGUCAGUGCCUUUGUCGUUUUCGUGUACUUGUUCAAUGCCCAACCUGUCACACACCGUGGCCCAUCCAAAACGGAUGCUGAGGGCCCGCCUGCGCCUCUGACGUCUAGCGAUUUCCGUCGCCAGGCUUGGCUGACUAGUAUGCAACGGGUUGGUGUCCCACGCCACAGAUUCUUCCGUGAGUGGUACGUUGUUACUUCUAGAUGCUUCGAAUAUGUGCUGCGAUGCUUGAUGGGAUGGAAAGUCUACUCAUGGGCUACUGGAAUCACCGAGGAGGAUGAGAAGGGACGAGUCAAGACUUGGGAUAUUGCAAUUGAUGCUCAACUCACCGGUGGGGAUGCUGAGAUUAGCAAGAGCCGUCUUGUGCUCACUAUCUUCGCUGCUGGCACGCUCCCCUGUUCUCCUACGAGAAUGAUCAUCAAGGCCUUGCAUGUCCGCAUUCUCCUGUGGAAUGUUGGGGAGCCAGGCUCUUGGUCGUUCCAAGUAUCCAAUGACAUCGCUCGAGCUCUUGCUAGAUUCCAGUGGGGCGUGGCUCGAGAGGUCAACGACGCUUUGCCUGAAGGCCAUCCCGACCGGCUUCCUCCUCAUCUCGCUGCGCUUGUCAACCAGGAUUGCGAUGAUGUCAUGAUCGACACCAUCAUCCAGCGUGCUGUGAAUCUGACCUGGAACCGACCAACCCAGGAAGGUACUGGCGAUGAUCAAGUGCUACUCGAUGUUGUGGACGAGGACCCAGCUAUCCAAUGUUCCCAGGAUGCACUUGCGGCUUGGUGGUCUAGUCACCUUUUGCAAACUGCUCUUCUCGAUUACUUCGAAGCAAGUGGCAAGGGUCCGGUGUCCAAAACAAGCCGUGAUGCAUUUAAAGCGAAGAUUCGGAUGUCCCUUGAUGUCGCACCACAGUUGUCCGCUGCAUAUACUCGUGCGCUCGUGAUGAAAGCUGUGCUUUUUGACCAAAAUCGCCUUGAGAAUGUGGGAGCAGUCCUCGCCGCGCUCCCAAAGGAGAAAAGGAAGGGAAGCCAAAUGCACUCGUCCAACUUCCUUGAUUCCUCUCUACCUGUUUCUGUGCGGGAUGAGAUCUCCAUCGCCGUGCGCUGCGCUAUGAUUGCCGCCAUUGUUACUGAAAGAUCCACGGGUGAUGCUUCGUCACUGCCCGAGUCUUUCACUCUCCAAAAAGCCAUUACGUGGUUUAACCAGCUCCCGAUCGAUCCAGUGGACCUUUCUCUUAUUGGAUUCUCAUCUGUUUACCAUCUGCUUCACCUUCUGGUGUCGGAUGUAGAUUACAUUGCCUCGUCCGAUUCAUCUUCUCCUUCAACUGCCACUUCUGAAGCUACCUCCUCCGCCGAUGACGAAGCCGAAGAAAAGACUCGCCCAAAGCACAAAUUUUUCAUCUGUCCCCGCGAUAUCCCGAAUGUCGGGCGGGUAUCCGCUGAACUAAUCUAUUGGGCCCGGAAUGCUUACACUCCGGCCUUUUACGGAUUCUCCUCUAAACUCGUUGAAGUAAUCAUCAAGUCUUGCACAACAAUCUGUGAGGACGCAGGUAUCAAUGUUCAGGACUACAUGCACGCUGCAUCCGAACGGACUCUAUCUAAGAAACCUCGGGCACGCCGGCAUAGGGGAGAAUCCCAGUCCUCUCAAAGUGAUGCUGAUCAGGACUUAAUUGAAAAUCCUGUCCAAAGGCCAUUCCUCCGUCGGGAGCGAUCGGCCAGUAAUGACACCGGCUAUGGCAGUCUUUCUCUUGAGGAGGAUGGACAACCAGUUCCCCAUGUCCCUCUCAAUGUGCAGCAGGUACCUGCUUGA